CGCGCCGGGAGGAAGCGCCCGCGCGGCACUCGCGGGCCGUGGGGGCGGUGGCGGUGGUGGCCCGGGCCGAGGCCGAGGCGGCGGAGGUGUCACGGGCGGGUCGGUGCAGCGGGUCCAGCGGGUUCGCCCUCCCCGGCCCCAUGGAGGCCGCGGCGGGCGGGGGCUGCGGCGCGGGGCUGCUGCUGAGUGAGGGCGAGCAGCAGUGCUACUCCGAGCUCUUCGCGCGCUGCGCCGGCGCCGCAGUCGGGGGGCCCCCAGAGGCGGGCAGAGCCGCCCUCGGCGGGGCCACUGCAGCCACCGGCCCGGUGGCCGAUCUGUUCCGGGCAUCGCAGCUGCCCGCCGAGACGCUGCACCAGAUCACGGAACUGUGUGGUGCAAAGCGGGUGGGAUAUUUUGGUCCAACGCAGUUUUAUGUUGCCUUGAAAUUAAUCGCUGCAGUGCAGUCUGGGCUCCCUGCGCGGCUAGAGAGUAUUAAAUGUGAACUGCCGCUGCCUCGCUUCCUGAUGUCAAAGACUGAGGGCGACCUUCGCUUUGGGAACCCAGCUGAGCCGCACGGAACCAAAGUUCAGAUUCCAUAUUUAGCCUCGGAAAAAAAUACCUUCAAGAGAAUGGACGAGGAGGAUAAACAGCAGGAAGCACAGUCUCCUACGAUGUCACCCCUCGCCUCCCCUCCUUCUUCCCCGCCUCAUUACCAGAGGGUGCCCUUGAGCCAUGGCUACGGCAAACUGCGGAGCAGCACGGAGCAGAUGCAUGCAGCUCCUUAUGAAACUAGACAAUCCCUUGUCCAGCCCGAAGGACCCGCGUCUGGGGGCUCAGGAGCCAAGACUCCUCGGCAUCAAGCUUCCCUGCUCCGGUCUUUUUCAGUGGAGAAAGACCCUCAGGACAGCGGCGGCUACCCGGAUGAGCCCUGGCGGGUGACAGAGGAGCAGCGUGAGUAUUAUGUCAAUCAGUUCCGAUCUCUUCAGCCGGACCCGAGCGCCUUGAUUUCAGGUUCGGUGGCCAAGAACUUCUUCACCAAAUCAAAGCUAUCCAUUCCAGAACUGUCCUAUAUAUGGGAGCUGAGUGACGCUGACUGCGACGGAGCCCUGACCCUGCCAGAGUUCUGCGCGGCGUUUCAUCUCAUCGUAGCCCGGAAGAACGGUUACCCGCUGCCGGAGAGCCUGCCGCCUACUCUGCAGCCCCAGUUCUUGCAAGCAGCCUUUCCAAAGCCCAAGUGGGAGUGUGGUUUAUUUGAUUCUUAUUCUGAGUCCAAGCCAGCAAACCAACAACCCCGUGACUUGAAUCGACUAGAGAAGACAUCUGUUAAAGACAUGGCUGACUUUCCUGUCUCUACCCAAGAUAAGACUGUGGAUGACAAGCAAGCAUUGAAAAGCACUACAGAUGAGGCCAAACCAAAAGACAUGCCCAAGGAUUCAGCCCCUCCUAAGGAUUCCAACAGUCUCAAGACCAGACCGAGAUCCAGAUCUUACUCUAGCACCUCCAUAGAAGAGGCCAUGAAACGAGGGGAGGACCCCCCGACCCCACCACCGAGGCCGCAGAAAACCCAUUCCAGAGCAUCCUCCUUGGAUCUGAAUAAAGUCUUCCAGUCCAGCGAGCCAGCUACUAAGUCUGGAUUGUUGCCUCCUCCACCGGCACUCCCUCCGAGACCUUGUCCAUCACAGUCUGAACCAGUCUCCGAUGGCGAGGGACCCUCACAGCAGAGCAGAGCCCCCUCCCAAGCUGCAGAAAGUAGCCCCGUGAAGAAGGACUCAUCCCAUUCUCAGCAGCCGCCCUCCAAGCCCAUCCGUCGGAAGCUUCGAGGUGAAAGCCAGGAGCCCGCGCCCUCUGCUGGGGGCUCAACUUCGGCAGCAACUGCAAAACCCCACCCGACAGUCCAGAAGCAGUCCUCCAAGCAGAAGAAGGCCAUUCAGACUGCUAUUCGCAAGAACAAAGAGGCCAAUGCCGUGCUCACGCGACUCAACAGUGAACUGCAGCAGCAGCUCAAGGAAGUUCAUCAAGAGCGCGUUGCUUUGGAAAACCAAUUGGAACAACUCCGUCCAGUCACUGUGUUGUAACCUGUAAGAUUCAAGUAACAGUGGGUGAUAUUUUCUGCCAAGAUCUUUCGUUUGAAUGUUCCAACCUGAGUACUUGUCAUAGUUGUUGGCUGUAUGAGAAACAGGGCUGGGGGUAUAACCCAGAGAUAAAAACACAUGGCUUGCCUGUGUAAGAUGCUGGGUUCCACCCCCAGUACUGUCAAACAAACAAACAAACAAACAAACAAACAAAUACCUGAGCGUGGAAUAUAUUCCGUAUCACCUUUUCUCUUGUUCUUGUAUUUCACUUGUGCAUUUUACUGUGGUGGAAAAAGUAUAAUUGAUUUUCACAGUUGAAAUCGUAACUAUCAGUGGAAUUUAUCUCCCGUUCUUAAGUACUUCCUCAAGGUGUUAGAUGUUGCUCCUUACCAAAAAUCAAUCUUCUAGCAAAUAAUUAGUUAGAGCAUUAUUUAUUUAAAGAAUUUAUGAUUUAUACAAAACCUUAUAACCCAGUACCUUCUAGGUGCCUGUUUUAUUUUUGUAUAUAUAUCAUAUACAGUUGGAUGAAUAAUUAUAAAGUAUACUCUACACUGCGUACAGUAUAUGGAAUAAUUGGGAUUCCAGCUGGAUAGUCUUUGGCAUGAUGAUAAUUAAAACUAAAAUAAAACAAAAGUGUCAGAUUCAGACUGACAUUGUGCCCUCCCCUACUAUAUGCCAAAAAUCCCUUGUCUAGUGCCAUUUUGGUAUUAUAUUUAGCUAUAAAUAAUACAUGGCUAUUGUUGCCUAUUGAAUGUCAGAGACUUAUGGGUCUUUCCACCUCUGUAAAGUAGAAGUUUUGUCAGUGAUCUGUUUAACUUGGCUUGGUCAUCUACUCAAACAACUCAGUCCUUUCAGUAAAUUUUGGGGCAAAAAUGAUCUGCUUUAACUGCCUUGCCCAAUCAAAUUAAAUAAAUAGUUGUCAGAGUUCUACUUUUCUCCUGCAUGGUAUCUGUGUAGAUGCAUGCAUUUGGAAACCACCAAUCAAAUAUGAAAGGCUGAUGACACUGUUUGGGUUGAUAAAUACUUUGUUGUUUAAACCCAGGUAUUCAAACGAGAAAAGGGAUAGCGCUUAUUAGGUUGUUAUUUUUGUCUUUGUUGUUUUAACCUGGUUAUAAGUAUAUUGAGUAUGAAGAAAUGAUGAAAGAACUCAAUCCUCAUACUGGAUAUAUGACUAUUUUGUUCUCUGUGAAGUGUGCCCUGGGGGAAAUGAUUGGUUUAUAUGCAUUCCAGAGGAGCCCAACUGACUCCAGUGUAAGUGAUAUAAAACAGUAAGCUUGAAUUCUUGGUAGCUAUUGCUUCUCCUGAGAGCUCAAGUUGAAAAUGGGAAUUGAGAGCCAGAUAGCAAGCAAAGCUCUCAUUCAUUUUGCUAAUUUAGCCAUUCCUAGGAAGGAGGGCUAGGGUGUGUUCCAAGGGUUCUCUGUGAAGUGAUAGAAGAUAGCUUUGCAGUUUGUGGGAUUAAGACUGAUUUCAAUAGAGUUGACAACUUUUAGAAAAAGUGGUUAUUUAAUGCUUCCUUUUUGCAUUGGCAAGUUUUAUCCAUAGCCUAAUGGCAGAAAAGAAAGACUCAAACAGAUGGUGCUUUUUCAAGGAAAAUGAAUCAUUGGGUCUGUUCUGUGCAUAGUAAAGGCUUUUUGAAUUGAUCUGAUUUUGUGAAAAACCAGGAAAAGGUGACAUUUUCCCUUAUCAUAUCCUUCUAGCUACUUUUUUUUGUGCCUGUGAGAAAGGUCUUGUGUAAGUUUAAACUCUUCCCAGUAUCAUGAAUAGGUUAUUGGAAAAUUUUUAAGUCUCCUCUUUUCCCAUGUUCUGAGAUCUGGGAACAGAAGGAAAUUUUCUGAACAGGGUUCCUAUUUCAGAUAUUGCUGUUAAGUGGUCUUCGUCAGGAUCCUGUAGUCCCAAGGAUGAAAGCACAAGCAUUGACAAGUCUUUUGGGUUCCUCUGUGUCCUUUGAAUGUGGAGUUAGUUGCUUUUGCUCCUUCCUCUAGAUCCUGUGACACAAAACAGAAUGAUAGAUAUGUGGAAUGGAGGGGUGUGUGUGUGUGUGUGUGUAUGUGUGUGUGUGUGCGCGCGUGCGUGCGUGCGUGUUUAUGUUGUGAUCGAGAUAGAUAUUUGCUCUGUUCAGGACCUAACUGCUUUAUAAAUGUCAGAGAAGUACUUGAGCAUGGUUGGGAGAGGAGGCAGCUUAGCUAGAAGCUGUGCCCGUUUUGCUAUCACUGGAAAUGACGUCAGAGAGGCCCUCCAGCCCAUCUUCUGCACUUUGCAUGUGGACCCCCAGAACUGCAGUUCCUGACUCAGGUUUCCAUGAAAGAGAUAGCUAAAGCCAGACUUGGGAUGCCAGCCCAGAUCUUAGUUAAAUCCUUAGCCUCGAAACAAUACUGAAAACAGUUCCAGAGGCUUUCCUCUGAUGACCACGCUGAAUUUUAUUGACUCUAUUAAUCUUGAACCAUGAAAACUAGUUUUAAUGAAUUUUAGAUUUAGGUGUUUCUCUUGGAUUAAAGCAAAAAUAAAAUCUGAAGGGAAAGAAUACGAUCGAACUAUUUGUUCUUCUGAACACCUCACCUUUCAUGAUACAAUAAAUUACCCUGAGUUUCUUGGCAGAACUUUUGACAGCUGUUGCUUUGAAUGGAUUCCAUUCCUGUACUCCUUAUGGGAGUUUGUUUUUAAAAUAGACUACUGUGAUUGAAAUGAACUCAAUAUGUAGUAAGUUAUAGUUUUCUUUGGUUUCUUGGGUCACAAAUGUUCAAUUUCAGCAUAUUUUAGGAAGUGUAAUCAAAACCAUGAAUUUUCCUUUGAUUUCCUACUAGUGUCUGGACUAUCGUAAAGCAUUCUUUUCUACAUAUGUGACUUGAUUCUAUAGCCUCUUUCUAAAUGAUACUGUAUCUUUCCUGGAAGAAGACCAAUACAAAGUAAUCUAGAAUGUAUGUAUUUCUUGCAGUUAGGGUAGGUAUUGCCAAUAUCUUCAUCUGAAGCAGUAGUUGGGUAUCUCAAUUAGAGUCUAUCACACCUAGAGCUACAAAGCAUUUGUUCCACACAAACUAGAAUAGCACCUUCUGACUAGAUAUCACUAAGAUAAUAUGCUUUUUAAAUACAUUAGAGAAUAUUUCAAAUAACACAAUAACCACAUCUUUGCAUAUUACUGGUAAGUAGGCAUCUUUGGGUCAUAGUUUAAAUAUUAUGAAUGUGGAAAAAAAUGUUACUUGUAAAUCUUUUUCUCCUGUCGUUAGACACUAUAGCUUAGGUUUCUCUUUCUGAUUGGUUUAUUCUGUUUCAAAUGUGCUUUUUAAAAACUCUGAUUUCCAAGGAUACCUUGACUUUAUUUACCCUUAGGUUAUGAGUCAAAUUUAUUUUUUGUCCAUCAUGACUCAGUGUGGUUCAAGUUCUAGUAAGUAGUGGAGAUUUGGGCUUUUGUAGCUGUGAGUUGGCACAUCUUGCUGCUGCUGUGGCACAGGCUAAGGGAGACUUUCCACUGAUGCCAACAGAUCAGUCACCGAUAGAAAUUUGCAUAUCUUACCUUCUGAGCCACCCCCUUCACUUGUUUUUAAGAAGAUGUGCAUCUAGUUCAGUGACCUUCGCAAGAGGAGUCGUAAGAAUAGCAGACAGAAAACCAGGCUGAAAAGCAACACAAGCAGAUUUUAAGAGCUGCUUCCCUCCCUCCAAAGUAGACUUUCAGAGGUUGCCUUACAGUUGUUCCCUGAGACAGCCAGUGUGUUAGUAUAAGCACAUUAUCCCAAGUUCAGAGUUACUUUGGGCUUGCAUAGUUAUUUUUUAUGUUUAUAACAUAAAUGAUGAUAAAGGAACAUUUUCUAAAGAGUAUAUAUCAUAGGGUUUUCAGUGAGAGAAGUUGCCCUAUUUACAGAAGCCUUGCUGUGCCCUUGACAAUUGGGGAGUGUUUCUUUGUGUGUGCGUGUGUGCAUGCGUGAUAUGUGUGUGUGUGUGUGUGUAGUGAGCUGUCCUGUCUUGCUCUAAGCUAAGUUCAUGGGCAUGGGAGGUUGUAGAAAGGGGGUCUGAAGCUCUGAAGAUCAGAGGACACUGGUCUUUAAGAGUGCUUGACUUGGAAUGGGGUGGCUAUCAUAAGGAAACGUUAUGUGCCAUUUGUUCUGAACCACUCUGUUGGACAAGAAUACUAGACCCUCCAACUCCAUCAAGGAAUGCCCCAGGUAUGGAGCAAUUGGUGUGGUGACCCCAUUGUACUCAGGGUGGCUCCACUGAGUUGUGUUCUCCUUUGUUCUAACGCAAGUUGGGUGGUAAGUCCAACUGCACCCACCUAGGGCACGGGGGACACUCCUUUAGUACUGCCGUUCUUUUUGUCUUCAGCACAAAUGAGAUGUUCAAGUGAGCCAGAGGCAGGAAGAGCCAUUUUAGUCUUCAUGGCUGUGGGCCAGGUGAGAUAAUGAGCAGAUGGUCUAUUUUAAUGUGGAAAGUAAAAAAAAAUGUAUAUUUUUUCACUGCAGGUAAAAUAAGCAACAGCAAAGUAUAUAUUUGAUGCUUUCUGUCUUUUCAUGAUAAUGUGCUAACAAGUUGUGUUAAUAUUUUACUCAGCCAGAAUCUCAUUCAUUUGCUAAGUGCUGGGAACAUUAUAUGUAUAUAAACGUAGAUAAAUAUAGGGUACCCUAUAUUUGGAUUGUGACUUGUGCACUCAAGCUAACCUUAUUGCCUCCUUUUCACACUUGCUGGAAAGUCUGUGAAGAACAUAGUAGGUUAAGAACCUCCAACUGGAAAAUGUACAUGAUGUGAAACUGGGGUGUUAUGUUAAAAAUAAAUGUAUGAAAACUA